GUAAUGGAGAGUCGUAAACCAUUUGGAUUGGAUAUGCCGCUGUUUAUUUGGAAUAUGGGUUUAGCGAUAUUUUCUUUGCUCGGAUUCAUUCGGAUGACGCCGGAAUGGGUGUGGAGCUGGAGACAAAACUCGUUCGUGUAUUCAGUGUGUACUGCUUCCUACGCCCAAGGUGUUACAGGUUUCUGGACCGAGCAAUUUGCUAUGAGCAAGGUUGCGGAGCUUUUUGACACGGCCUUCAUAGUGCUUCGAAAGCGUCCUCUACUUUUCCUCCACUGGUAUCAUCAUGUGACGGUGCUGAUCUUUACAUGGCAUGCAUACAAGGACCAUACUGCUUCCGGAAGAUGGUUUAUCUGGAUGAAUUAUGGCGUUCAUGCCCUUAUGUAUACUUACUACGCUCUUCGUGCUUUGCGGUUACGCCUUCCCAAACAAAUUGCCAUGGUUGUUACUGUGCUACAAAUAUCACAAAUGAUUAUGGGCAUAUAUAUUGGAUUUACAGUUUAUAAAGUGAAGUCGGCAGGUGAUCAAUGUCAGCAGACAUGGGAAAACCUCGGUCUUUGCUUUGCAAUCUACUUCACCUAUUUUCUUUUGUUCUGCAAUUUCUUCUACCAUGCUUAUUUGAAAAAGAACAAUCGCUACACAGCGGGAUCUAAACCUGCACCGAAGGUAUGUUUGUGGCGCUCAGAUUAUUAUUUUGUCACUGUUGACGUAGAACGAGUUGAUGUCUAUAAACAGUGUAAUGCCUUUAUCCGAGGUAGCUGA